AUGAAUUUUGAAGAAAGCAUUGACUAUGGUAGGAAGCGCCAAAACGACGGCACGCUGGAGCACGAUGCAGAAAUGAAGAGGACCACGCCCGACUACUUGGAUACACCAGCCGAAGACAAGCCGGCGGGUAUCGAGCUAGAGGUGACGUCGAGCAUGGUGUCUGGAAACAAUGUCGUCGAAAUCGUCCAAGUCCCCGAGCAAGCCGUUGGACUAGUUAUCGGUCGCGGCGGUGAGCAGGUGGGGCAAAUCCAGGCGUCGUCCGGCGCUCGGGUCCAAAUGGCUCCUGAAGGCCUCGGGGACGGCAUGCGCAGCUGCAGCAUACAGGGAGACAGUCAGGCUGUCGAGAGGGCCAAGCAGAUGAUCAUUGACGUCAUUGGCCGUCAUGGCGAUCGAAUUCAUACUCAACCCAAGGGCUCGUCGCAAAUCACUGAAGAUAUGUUGAUCCCAGCCGACAAAUGCGGACUCAUCAUCGGCAAGCAGGGUGACACAAUUCGACAACUACAGGAGCGCACGGGCAUCCGGAUGGCGCUCGUCCAAAAUGAACAAACGAACCAGGGACAGCCGAAGCCACUACGCAUGACUGGCACCCCGACGAAGGUGGCCGCUGCCAAGCAGCUGAUCGAAUCGAUGCUCGUCGGAGGGCCGGACGGAAUGCUCCUGAAGACGCGCAUUGUCGAAGCCACUGCCCGUGGCGAGGUGGUCGUCCCGCGCUCUGCUGUCGGAAUGAUCAUCGGACGCAGCGGUGAAACGAUCCGACGAAUAGCGCAAGAAACCGGUGCUCGCAUCCAAUUCCAGCCGGAUGUCAACCCGGCUUCGGGCGAGCGAACGGCUGUCUUGGUCGGAACCAUGGAGAACAUCGAGCGAGCCACCCAGGCCAUCACGCAAUUGGUCAACCGAUCGUUUGCGCAGAGCGGCGAUCAGGGUCCGGAGCUCUUCUACAUGCACGUGCCGGCCUCCAAGACUGGUCAGCUGAUUGGAAAGGGCGGCGAGACGAUCAAACAGAUCAGCGCUGAAUCGGGUGCCCAUUGCCAACUUUCAAACGACCCUCCGCCCAAAGACGACGAGAAGGUGUUCACGAUCAAGGGCACGCCAUAUCAAGUCCACCACGCCAAGCAUCUCAUCCGCAUCAGGGUUGGCGACGUUCCUCCUGGCACUCCACUGCCCCCGUUCUCGGGCCCCGGCGGUCCCGGCGGUCGUCCAAUGCAACAGGCAAACUACUCGCGCCCAACUACCAACUAUGGAGUUCCACAAAUGGCUGCCGUGAACAAUGGUGCACCCGUGGCUAACUGGAAUCUGGGCUGUCAGCAGCCGCAAGCCGCGAUGUCGAUGGGCAACGUGGGAUGGCAACAGCAGAUGCAACCCUUCUACGGCCAACCCGCGCAAUACGUCACCGCCCCGGCUCCGUACAACACCCCGUCAAUGGUCCAACAGCAGCCGCAAGUGGCACCCAUGCAGCAGCAGCAGCCGGGCACCAUCUACAAUCAGGCGAGCGGACAGCCCGACUACUCGGCUCAAUGGAUCCAAUAUUAUCGCCAGAUGGGCAUGCAUGAUCAGGCGGCCGCCGUCGAGAACCAACUGAAAGCCCUCCGAGCCACACAACCGCAA